ACCGCAGCAGACGCGAAAAGCGCGCGCUAGCGGCCACCGGAAUAAUACGGUCUGAUUCGCAGUAUCAAACAAAACGGAGCAAAGCAACAGCGUCGUCUAACACGCGCCGUUACAAGUAAAAGAACCAAAUACCGUGUUGUGCUUUUCCUGAAGAGAAGAGCAGUUCGUGAAGCAGAAAAGUCGAAUAAAUUCGUGAACAGUGUUUAUCUGAGGUGAAGUUGCUUGUAUUCUGUUGGUACAGCAAUUGGUGGUAAAAGCUCAGCGUAAUACUUUUGAACGUGAACGUGUAACGUUGAAGUGUGAAAGUUUUAGUACACUACUGGAACAAAACCCCCGUGGUGGUAGAAGGUGUUUGAAGCAAAACGGGGGCUAGUGUGUAGACCUUGGCCGCAGGAACCGCUGCAAAUUGCGAUUGGUUCCGACAUAACCGACCGUGACCGUGGGACGCGCGCGUGUACAUAGCAGUGCGUCCGCGUGUCUGCAGCAAAACAGUGCAGCAGCAGCAGCAGCAGCAACGAGAGCAAGUGCAGCCAACAACUGGCGCUGGUGGGUACUUCGUUUGCCGUGUACCGGUGUGUGCGUGUUGAAGCCUGUGUGCCAAUAUUAAACAGAAGAAAGCGGUGUGUAUUACACCUUCGUGGAAGAGGUGGUGUGUAGAAAAGUAGAGCAACCCUUCAGUCGGAUCGCAUUUAUUAACAACACUUUACGUGCGUGUUACGUGGUGAGCGUUUUGUGUGUGAGUAGAAAAGAAGCGGAAAAAAGGUAAUCAAUAUUGCUCCAUCGGUCCAAAAAAAAAGAGGGAAUCCAGAAGCGAAAGGAAGGUGCUGUACGAAAAGUGCAUUAGCGUGGAAAACCAUCAGUGGAGCAGUUUGUGUGAAGAGUUUAAUUAAAUAUUACUUUUAGUGUAUGCCCUCGGCCGAACCGGAGCGCAAGUGAGUGUGUGAGAGUGAAGUACUACGGUUGGGUUAGCAAAACGUAAACUAACAGAAGCAGUAAUAGAAUCGUGUGAAAACAAAUAAAAGAGAGAGAAAAAACAAAUCAAGUGCAUUUCGGUUGCAUUAAAGAAAUACAAACAACACAUAAAAAUAAGUGUUGGUUUGAGUAACAAACCCGCUGCUAAAAUCGAUCCAAUCGAAAAGGUGAAACAAAUCGCAGGAGACCGUCACAGCAAGAGCCACCUACUAUUAUCAGCACCCAGCGGAAGUGCUGCUGUUCAUCGCUUCGACGAAAAGAAUGCACCACAACUAGGCUCGAGCGAAAUUAUUAUGAUGGUGGCGGACUUUGUAACACGCCAACAGAACGGUUCGCCGCUGAACGGUGAAAUACCCGGCCAAAAUCACAACUCCAAUUCCAACAUGCCUGCCCACAGUGCCUUACUGAUGAGCAACAACAGCAGCAACAGCAACAGCUCCGGCCGUGCCAGCCCGCACACCUCCUCGGAGUCGGAAUUCCCCCAGAAUGGGUACGAACUGGCGGCCCAUCUGAAGCGCAAGGAGCUGUUCUCCCAGCGCAAGCAGCGCGAAUUCAUCCCGGACAACAAGAAAGACGACAGCUACUGGGACCGGCGGCGACGCAACAAUGAGGCAGCGAAGCGUUCGCGCGAGAAGCGCCGCUUCAACGAUAUGGUGCUGGAGCAGCGCGUCGUCGAGCUGACGAAGGAGAACCACGUGCUGAAGGCGCAGCUGGACGCGAUCAAGAGCAAGUACAAUAUCUGUGGCGAGAAUUUGGUCAGCGUCGAUCAGAUAAUGGCCACGCUGCCGACGAACGAGCAGGUCCUCAGCUCGACCAAGCGCGUGAAGCUGGCGAACGGCAGCAGCCAGGGACGGUCUAGCUCACCGACCGGUUCCACGAUUGGUUUUCCGCUUUCGCGCAGUCCCUCGCGGCAACCGCAGGCUACCUCUCCCUCGCAAUCACACGGACGGGCCUCGUCACCGCACAGUCCGCCAGCUAGCAAUGGUACGCCACAUCUGCAGCAGUCACUGCUGGCGGUCGCCCAAAACGCACCCAGCACGACGACAUCCCCCGGGGGUGCUUCGUCUAUUCCUUCCUCCCAGCAGGCCCCGGUGAUCCAUCCCAAUCCGAACGUGGAAUCUCCACCGCCGGCGGCACCUGGCUCAUCGCCCACCGUAUCCUCGGGCGGUGCGAUCCAGCACACGAACGGAGGAGCAACAUAUCUGUCACCGGUCCAUGCCAUCUACCGGAACGGUACGAUCAUCGAGUACGAGCGGGUCUCGGAGGGCGGUAAGCUGUCGACGGUGGAGGGCAACGGGCGCAGUCCUUCCCAGAUUCGGCUGGAACUGAUCGAGCGCAACCUGGACGAUCAUCAUCACCUUCAGCAGCAGCUCGCCCAGCAACAGCAGCAUCAGCACCACCAUCAUCAGCAGCAGUUGGCAUCUUCGUCCCAGCAUCAUCACCACUACAGCCAUCAUUCGCGGGAGGUGAUCCGGGAGUCGGUGAUCGAUCAUCACCAUCCCCAUCACCAUCCGCAUCCACAGCACCACCAUCAGCCCCAGCAUCAACCGCAUCCGCCGCAUCAGCAGCAUCUGCAGCAACAGCAGCAUCCGCACCAUCUGCAUCAGCGAGUGCUGGUGUCCUCGGGCGGUGAACUGGACCGGGACGACCGUUCUCCCUCACCCACGUUGACACCGUCGGCCGCACCUCGCUUCGGUUCCCCCACGACGACCACCACCUCCUCCUCCGCACCGAUCUCAUCGACAUCGCCGCCGACGAUCAUCUCCAGUACGAGCCCGGCAGGAUCGCCACCGGCCCAUGUCCCCGUUGCGGCUCAUGCGCACUCGCAUCACUACCCGCCCCAUCACCACCAUCACCACCCGCACCACAUAGCCGGCCACCAUGCGCAUCCGCCACACUUUGUCGUGGGUGCAAGCUCUCCGUACGCCAGCUCGGCCCUUCCCGCCAGCGGUUAUCCGCUGACGGCCGCGGCCGCCGCUGUCGCGGCCUAUGCAAGUGGGGCUGGAGCCCUAUACGCGUCACCUCCUCGUACUACCGAAAUAGCGAGCGCCCUCCUAACGGCGAACGUGCUCAAUUUGAGCCGUCGUGCACCGUCCCCGUACGACUCUAGCCCGCCCCAGACGGCCUCCUCAACGGCCAGCGCGGGCAGCACAUCCGAGCACGAGGAGGAACCGGACCGCGAGCGGGAAGUUCACGAACAUGCCAACAGUCUGCCGGUGAAGUUGCGCCACAAGUCGCAUCUCGGUGAUAAGGAUGCGGCCACGGCACUGUUGGCGCUGCAGAACAUCAAGCAAGAGCCGAUCGGCCACCGGUCGAGUUCGCCCGCCUGGGACGAUGGUGACGGUUCGUCGGACGAGCGCGACUCCGGCAUCUCCACGAACGAGUGGCCAACGAAGGCGGAACAGAAGAUGAUGGUACCGCUACCGGCAUCGCCCCCGUCCGCCUCGGCAUCUUCGGCCGGCAGUGCGUCCGGUGGUGCCAUCGUCAGUACCGCGGCGAUGGCGGCCGCCGCAGCAGCCGUUGCGGCCGCAGCCGGCAAGAUCACCUCGAUACCGGCGUCGGUGGUGAUUAGCAAAAAGGCGGAGGAAAACAUCCACCUGCAGUCGAAGCUGGCCCGGCUCGAAUCCGAGGUGGCCACCAUCAAGAACAUGAUGAUCUCGAACACGACCGGCAGUGGGUUCGGUGUGACUGCGGCAGCUCAGUAGCGCGCAUCGUACGGCCGCCCGGUGAGGCGACAACGAAGGCGACGACCGCAACGAUGACGGUCCGGCCGGUACCGAACCAAGGUCGGUGAGUCAUCGAUGCGCGUGUGAUCUAGUUCCUGUAAAAGUAGUUCGACGACGACAAUGACGGUGGGAAGUUGUCGGAAAGUGUAGCAGAAGUUGGCCGGUGUUGGAUGGUAUGAUGUCCACACGCUGGAGGCAUUCCUAGCGCGAGCGCACCCGGGCGAGUAAUCCGGUGUUUGGUGAUGGAGCAUCUAACUGGAGAUGCUCUUGCAAGAUCCCGUCCUCAACACACAACUCCCCAACCUUCCCUCCCUCCCUUCCCUUCCACCUGGAUUGAAGUGAAGUCAAAAACGAAGCCAAGCAGAAAAAGAAGGGUCUCUCAUUUAUGUUAGUGGGUUAGUUGAUCGGUUGGAAUUUCUCGCCGCGACGUGGCAUGGCAACCCAUCUGGUACACGCUGCCGGCGCUGUGGAGAAAGUUACGACAAUCUGUUUCAGCUCCCCCCCACCCCCAAUCCCGUAUAAGAGAAAGGCACGCAGCAAAGCAGCGCUGCUGUGGCACCGACACCGCGCGUAGGACGCGAGGAGAAAGCGCAUUGCGCUUGUGAGGCGCGUCCGCGUCCCGAUUCGGUGAGGUUGCUCUUUUUUUCUGUCUUGUUAUCUGCCGCGUUUCUUGUGCUUCGCUGAACGAGCACUCGGCCGUGUUGGAGCCCCCAUGUGAAAUGGUUGGUGUUUGAUGUGCCUCCAGGUGAUGAGCAUGCGAGACUUUACGCACCGUUUGCGUGGUUUGGUUUUCGGUGCGUGUGGAUGUAUUUAUUUUGGAAGUCCGUUGGUGGGUUGAACGAUGGAAUGUUGAAGCAAGAAUCAAAAGAAUUGACUGGUUGGUUUGUUGGAUGUGAGAUGAUGUAGAACAGACCUGUGAGGAGGAGGUGGAGGACGGAGGAGAAUUGUUUGUUGUAUAAAAAGAAGAAAAAACUGGUGUAUAACACUAAAGCAGAACUGUAAAUGUGAAAACCGAACUACAUCAAUCAUAUUUAUAUCCAUGGUAGGUAUAAGAAAACCUGUACAGAUACAUGAGAGAAAGGGAGCAAGAAGCAAGUUAUAUAUCAAAAAGGAAAUAUGAAGUGUAUUUUAAAAUAAUUAGUGUACUAAAGAGGAACAGUAGGUAUGAUAAAACAAAACAAACAAACAAACAAACGAAAAAAAACAUGAUUAAAACAUAAACACUCAGUCCAACGUAAGAUAUAAGUGCAAAACAUUUGCUGAUAAAAUGGUUCUACAAGGGAAACAACCAAGCAUAUAUAAGCGUAGCAGUUAGCAGUGGUAACGUUUCUUUUUGUUUUUUGUUUAUCUUCAAAGAAGAUGAUCCUAUCGCGUAACGGAGCGUAACGGAAGGAGCUAACGCAAGCUAUUAAUGGUAUAUAUGUAUAAACGAUGAGAUUUAAUCAAUACAAUUUUAAGCACCCUUAUCAUACACACAUACACACACGUGCAGGAAAUUUUAAAUUCUGUUUAAAAAGCAGCUUACAAAACUCAGUCGGAAAAUGGGGUGUAGUUGUAUUGAUUACACCAUUUUCACAGCAAACAAAACAAGAAAACAAGGGGAAACAAAAGAUGGAGGAAAAAAAACACAACUGGAAUAAAAGAACCGGAGGAGCAAACUUUUUCGGAAAUGUGAUAUCGUAGGUUUGGAAGCUAUUUUUACACAUAUUAAGAAGAGGAAUCAAGCAACAACACAUACACAUAAAGGAAGAAAAGAAAAACAAAACAAAAUAUAAACAACACGCAGCGUAAGAUUCAAAAGCAAAAGUGUAUGCAAGGCCCGCCCCCCUCCUUCGAAAAGGUAUUACGAAGUGAAUGGCUACUUUGGUUAUAUCCUUUUGUGUAUUCCCUUUGCUGUGCGGCGUUGUUCGUAUUUUUAUGUGCUUUUAUUAUUACUACGUUUAAUAUUAUUACUCCCAACGACACAGAUACACACAGACACAUCUAUACGUUCUUCUAGUUUUUUUUUCUUCCUUUUGUCGCCUUUGUCGGUGAUAAUGUGUCGUGUUAUAUUUCGUUUGGUUUUUACAUUUACUAUUUGCUAGUUUUGUUCUGUUUUUCUUCAAUUACCUAUUAGCCGAAUACGAUUGCUUCUGAUAAUUAUAAUCACUGUAUCACAGCUAUUAAUUUGAUUAAUAUGUUUUCUAUUGAAAAAGUUUUACCACGUGAAAACGCGAGUAUGUCAAUGAGUUAACUGGGUUACAGUUAAAGCUAGUACGUGCGACUAUAUUGCUCUUUGUAGUAAGGUUUUUUUUUUGCUAGGUUAUGUGAAGUCUUUUUUUAUACAUGUAUGCUAAGAGCUUAUUAUAAACAGGAAUACAAGGAACUUUUUGUUUUAGAAGUGUCUCCAUACCCCUUCCAUGCAGGCGAGAAGACUACGAAGAAUUGUUCUUUUUUUAUUUAUUUUAUUUUUAUACGAAACACACACACAGAAAAACCCCCAAAAUCAAUAAAAAGAAUGAUUAAUAAAACUGAAAAAAAAAA